AGAAGAAACAUUUAGGUACGGCUGAAGCAGACUAAAGCAAAUGAAACCCAGGUCUAUCUUCAGUUCACAUUCUAGGACCAUGGAUGGCAGGUGUCUAUGGAAGAGGCAGAAUGUUUUUCUUCUUUUGCUUUUGUUAAGUGGAAUAUCUGGGGGAAGAACCCUGUCACUUAAUGGCUUGCCUGCUACAGGCAAUGUGACAGAAAAUUCUUCAGCUCAUGUUCUGGUUCAUACAUUUCAUGUUACUUUAUCACCAUCACCUUCUGAAGUGGUUUCAGGAUAUCCUUUAAUAAUAAACUCAAAUCCACUUACAGCAGCUUUUCGGAUUGACCCUGGAGCUCCACAUACUUACACAGUUGUUACCACUGGAGAUCCUGACCUAGAUUAUGAAACUAUGCCACACAGCUUUGAGUUGCAGAUUUAUGUUCAGGAUACAGCUGGGGCAAGUGACCUUCAAAUACUGACUGUCCAAAUAAUAGAUGUUAAUGAACCUCCUGUGUUUCAUGGCAAUUUGGCAGACCAAACUGUGAUGAUUUAUGUCCUGGAGGGAAAUAGAACACCUUCUGGAGUUAUUUACCAGAUUGAUGCAGUUGAUCCCGAACAGUCACAACUCAUAUAUUCAUGUACCCCUGUGUCAGAGUCUUUCACUGUCUCUCAGACCGGAACCCUUUCUUCCACAAAAAAAUUUGAUUAUGAGAAAGAUCCACAUACUUAUUUGUUAAACAUCACAGUGACAGACAGCUUAGGACUGAGCGCCACCAGAUCAGUGAUCGUCAACAUUGUUAACAUCAAUGACGAAACACCUUACUUUACCACAAAAGAGAAAGUCUACAGGAUUCCAGAGGAAAUCAGCUCAGGAACUGUUGUGGCCAAUAUAACAGCUAAAGAUCCAGAUGAUGAAGGCUUUACUAGUAGACUUGUCUACAGCAUCCGUCCACCUAAUAUGUAUUUCUCCAUAAAUCCAUUAACUGGUGCAAUUUACGUGGCUAGGCGAAUAGAUCGAGAUGCUGCUCCUCUACGCCAACAUCCUAACAUCUCAUUGGUUAUUCAUGUGGAGGACAGUCCCAGUGGUGGGCAAACAAAUGAAAUGGAGAUAACAGUCACUAUCGGAGAUCUCAAUGACAACCCACCAGAAUGUAACUUGUACAACUUCAGAGUUGAGGUAUAUGAAACAGCCUCCACUGGGAUACUUCUCCUUGACCUGAAAGAUCAGUGCCAGGAUAUGGAUGUUGAACCACCAAAUAAUGAAUUUAACUUCACUGGAUUGUCUGGAGUUGGAAGUAACAGAUUUACACUGAAUCAAUCUGGCUCUGGAAGAAUUGUGUUGACUGGAGAUUUGGAUUUUGAAAAUCCAGCUAAUCUAGCAGUUGAGAAAUAUACUUUGACUACUGUGGUGCAAGAUAUUGCAUGGCCUUACUAUACUAAUAAUAUCUACAUUUACAUCAGAAUAAUGGCAGUAAAUGAGUUCUUCCCAGUCUUCAGUAGCUCAUCAUAUGUAUUUAAUGUUUCAGAAAUUACUCGAGCUGGAUCCAGUAUUGGAAAAGUGAGUGCAACGGACCAGGAUUUACCAUUUACUGGAAUCACCUAUUCCAUUAUAGCUGGAGGAGGUACUCUUUCUUAUACAAACAUAUUCUGGAUCAAUCCAAAUGAAGGAAAUCUGCAGAUUAUUGCUACAUUAGACUAUGAAACAACGCAGAGGUACAUUGUCACAGUGCAAGCUUCUGACACAGAGAAGUUUGCUACGGUCUCUGUAACCAUCAAUGUUCUUGAAGAAAAUGAUGAAAAACCAGUUUGUUCAGCCAAUACCUAUUCGUUAGCAAUCCCAGCAGACCUGGCUGUUGGGACCAACAUAGAGGGUUUCAGGAUAGAGUGUGUUGAUCGCGAUUCUAGUCCUAGAUCUUUCCGGUACUUCAUUAAUUCAGGUAAUGUGAAUAAUCAUUUCAUAUUUUCACCAAGUUCCGGCUCCAAUGUCUCUGAGUUGAUUCUAGCAUCUAGAUUUGACUAUGACAGUGGUUUGGAUAUGAUCUGGGACUACAGACUGCAAGUCUAUAUAACAGAUGACAAUUUGCUGUCAAGUUCAAACAGAGCUACAGCCUUCAUUGAAACUGGGACAGUAACAUUAAGCAUCAAAGUUAUCCCAAAACUGACUACUCCCAUCACUAUUACACCUGCCAUUACACUUCUCAUCAGAACAGAAAAUGUUUAUUCUGACUCAGCUUGGUAUGUGCCAUUCAUCAUUUCUAUUGGUAGCAUGCUACUGCUUGGACUGCUUGGAUACCUCACCUUCCUGCUGGCAAAAUAUAUCCGUACUUACUGUCCAUCAAAACCCAAAGCAGAUAAAAGACCACUGAUGAACACACCAGCAGAAAAGAAGAAAGUUAAGAAAGAAGUGGUUCUGGAAAUGACCAAGAUAAACACUGUCUUUGAUGGAGAAGCUAGAGACCCAGUCACUGGCAAAAUGUAUGAAUUCAAUUCAAAAUCUGGUGCCCGAAGAUGGAAAGACACAAAGCAGCCUGUUGAGCCAGGAAUAAAGAAUACAGUUGCAUGGGUAAUUUCAGCUGCUCCAGCAAACAGGAGAGAAGACAAAGACAGAACAGGGACUCCAAGCAAGCAAGAAGCUAGAAUGAAUGUCCGAGAGCUGACAACAGAGAAUAACAUAGCAACAAAGCCCUCGGAAGGAAAGGCAGAAACGUCUAGCAAGGGUGGCCUGAAAUCACAAAAGCCAAGAGAAGAUUUUGGGGCCAGGGAUUCAGCCUCAUCAGACAGGUCACCAGACCCCUCUCUCAAAUUAUACCCUCAGUUACAGCUAAAGCCAGUCUCAAAGAAUGUGGUGUAAAUCUUUUGGGAGUCAUCUCAGCUGUGUAUUAUGGGAAAACCUUCACUCCAGCACUACAAUAUCAACAGAUAAAGGGACUUACGCUUCUUACUCAGCACCACCUACAGGGAACAGUACCAUGUAAAUUACAUCCAAACAUAGGACCAAGUUUUCACCACAGCUGUAUGGAUCAAAUCAUAAAUGCAAUCCUCAAGUCCCCCAUAACACAGAGACUGUUGGCUAAUGUGGCUAGAAGCAUGAGCUACCCCAGUGAAGGUGGGCAAGAGUUGGAGGCCAGGACCACAGAAUGGAUACAUGAUACACUUCUUUAAAAAGUAUAGCAGCUGGCACAGUAAGAAAGAGAUCCAGGAAGUGUUGUGUCUCCAUUCCAGCCUCAAAGGCAAAAUUGCACCCUUUGAUUGUAUUAAAAUAAUGGGGGGAAGGGGAAUGUAAAUGAACAAGGGUUUUUGCAAGUUAUUAUGCUUUAGAGUGGAAACAAAUGUGUGUCUUGAUUGAAACUUUUGCUGCCAUAGCCCUGCGCUCUUCUAAAAAUGCCGGAAAAGCAAAGUGAAGCUGAUUAUUUAACACAAAAACAAACACUAAGAAACUGAAAAGGUUUCUUUCAUUAAAGAAAAUAAUCAUACAGAAAGGCAUGUAAAUUAGAAUUUACAAAUUCAAUUUAAAUAGUCUAGUGUUUUGUUAGUAACAGUUCAGUGUUUGUCACACUAUUUUUAUCUGGACCUUUGUGAUUUAGAAAUGAAUUUGUUUUGCAAAUGUUUUUGAAUGGAAAAAUCCCUAGCUUCAUUUGUUAUUUUAGGUCCUCCUCUUAAAGUUUAUAGUUUAUUUUGCUUUCGUAACUUUAUUACUGUUCAACUUCAUCGCCUUAUGCGCUUUUUCUGAAGCUUUUGUAUUUGGCAAAAAUCAAGCUGAAUAUGCCCAGAAGAAAAAUGAUUUCACAAAUAUAUUACAAUACAACUCAUCUAGUUUGAUAAUGUAUGACGUUUAUGCUGUGUACAAGACUGAAGCAGGAAAGGGGUGUUUGCAUCAUUACAAGAAACUGCUAGUUUGAAAACAAAAAUAUUUAUGAAUAAGGCAUUAAAUUUCAGAAAUCUUCUGCUUUUUUUCCUUGUGUACAGUGAGAAUGAUCUAAUAAUCCCAAUCAUUUUAUGCUGUCUCAGAAUUUAAGAUUUUAUUUUCAGACGUGUCAGCUGGCACCAUGUUACAGGGGCACUACCCGUAUUUCAGGCCCAAAUCUAGUAACAGCAGUCUGAUUUUCCAGAACUGAGAAGGAAGCACACAAGACUUGAUUCCAUUCCUUAAGCAAUGAACUUGACCAGGUCUCCCAUUGCUAGGUUCCUACUAAUUGUAGGGGCAUCCUUUGUGGUGUUACAUUAGCAUGCUGCUUUUAAGGACCUGGGAGCAGUUUAGCUCAUGAACUGUUUUAUUAGGAAACACCAACUGCAAUGGGAAAAGAAGAAAGCAGGGGAAACUCUUCAGUCAUGGCAACAUUGC